AUGUAUCCAACAGUCUCCAAAUCCCUCCCCCUUUCCCUCUUGGCCCUGGCCAGCGUCUCCCUCGCAGACGACAACGCCGAGUCCGUCUCUACCCUCUCCUUCAAAAACGCCUUUGUCAACUCGGGCAUCGUCCCCGAAGUCAUCCCUGCCCUCGACCCAGCCGUGUCAUUCUAUGCCACCUACAAAACCGAAGGCGACUCCAACCACAGCGAGCUCCUCAUCCCGGGUUCCUCCCUCACCGUCAACGAGAUCAGCACCCUCCCCAUUGAGUUUUCCGUCGAGAACCUCAACAAUGCGACCAACAUCACCGCUCAGACGCGGUACCUGAUUUAUCUGUUGGAUGCCGACGCGCCCGCGAGGAGCAACCCCACCGCUCGCAACCUGAGACAUUGGUUGGCGGGUAAUUUCACGCUGAACGGGCAAAACUCGAGUGUGUUGAGCACGGCACAGAGGUUGGCGAGGCCGCCGAAUUCGGGCGCGCCGUUUACCAACUUUACUGCGCCGAAGCCAGAUGCCAACUCGGGCGUGCAUCGGUACAUCAUGGCUUUGUACACCCAGCCGGCCAGGUUUAACACUGCUGGGUUUGAGAGUGUGGGGAUGGAGAGGGAGGUUGCGAACUGGAACCUCUCCCGCUGGAGGACUCAGCUUGGCCUCGGCCCUGCCAUUGGGGCGACCUACUUUGUGAUUGACACUGGUGCCAACGGGGGCAAUGGAACAAGUGCUCCCCAGGGCCUCAACAACCAGGGCGGCAACGGUGGCAACAACAACAAUGCUGGUGGUCAAGGUGGAGACACCGACACCAAUGCUGCUGCUGGUAUCAAGGCUUCCUCGGUGUACGUCUUGGGCUUGACUGCCCUCGCGGCCGUGUUUGGCGGUUUGAUCAUGGUGUAGAUGUCAAGAGAGGAGAUCUAGAAGUGAUAUUCUAGAACGCUGCCUGCCCAGGUGGUGGGGAGAGAAACACGUGUAAAUAUAUAUCCGUGAGACAGGGAACUGUAGCGAAUGCAAUUUUGGAACACCAAGCUUCUUUUUAA